GGGCUCGAAGCGGGUCCGGCUGGGUGGCCUGGCGGAGAACAUGGCGGAGGGCGCCGGGACGGGGUUCCGAAUAGGCGUCAGCCUGGCGGAGGUGGCGGAGUCGGUGGGCUCUUCGGAGCAGGCGCUUCGCCUCAUGCUGUCCAUCUUCCUGGGAUACCCUUUUGCCUUGUUCCAGCGUUAUUUCCUUUUCCAGAAAGAGCUCUACCUCAUUCACCUGUACAACACGUUAACCGGGCUCUCAAUUGCUUACUUCAACUUUGGGACACAGUUCUGCCACUCCUUCCUAUGUGUCUUCAUUCAGUUUCUUAUACUGAGACUCAUGGGCCGUACAGUCACUGCCGUUGUCACUUCUUUCUGCUUCCAGAUGGCAUAUCUGAUGUCCGGCUAUUACUUCACUGCCACAGAGAACUAUGACAUCAAAUGGACCAUGCCACACUGUGUCUUGGCUCUCAAACUGAUUGGUUUGGCCAUUGAUUACUAUGAUGGCAGAAAAGAAGUGGAGUCCCUCACCCAUGAACAACAGCAAUUUGCUGUUCUGGGAGUUCCUACUUUACUAGAGGUCUCUGGCUUCUCCUAUUUCUAUGGUGCCUUCAUGGUGGGGCCUCAGUUCUCCAUGAUACAAUAUCAGAAGCUGGUAAAAGGCGAGAUGACAGAUGUCCCAGGCCAAAGACCCAACAGCUUUGUGCCUGCUCUUAAGCGCUUGAUCCUGGGCCUCUUCUUCAUGGUAGUCUACGUGAAAGCAGCCCCCUACUACUCUGAGGAAUAUCUUAUCUCUGAUGCUUAUCUGGAAGAGACCUUCUGGUUCCGCUGCCUUUAUAUAUUGAUCUGGGGCAAGAUAAUACUCUACAAGUAUGUUACAUGCUGGCUGGUCACGGAAGGAGUCUGCAUCCUAACUGGUCUUGGAUACGAUGGAAAAGAUGAAAAAGGGAUGCCAAAGUGGGAUGCUUGUGCCAACAUGAAAGUGUGGCUCUUUGAGACAACUCCUUAUUUCACAGGGACCAUUGCCUCCUUCAACACGAACACCAACGCCUGGGUAGCCCGCUAUAUCUAUAAACGACUAAAAUUCCUGGGAAACAAGUUAAUGUCACAAGCCAUCUCUUUACUGUUUCUGGCUGUCUGGCAUGGGCUGCACUCUGGCUACUUGGUGUGCUUCCAAAUGGAGUUCCUUAUUGUCACCGUCGAGAGACAGCUCAUUAGCCUGGUACAAAGCAGUCCACCUCUGACUACCCUGGCCUCCAUCACCAUCUUACGGCCAAUCUUCUAUGUGCUUCAGCAAGCUGUUCACUGGAUGUUCAUGGGAUAUUCUCUGGUGCCGUUUUGCCUCUUAAGUUGGGAAAAGUGGAUUAAGGUGUACAAGUCUAUUUAUUUCCUAGGUCACGUGUUGUUCUUCACAUUACUGUUUGUAUUGCCUUACAUCCGAAAAGUACUUGUGCCACGAAAAGGAAAGUUAAAGAAAGCUGAGUAACAACCAAAAGAUUGUACCACGUGUGCAUUUAUUAUGGGGAUGGUUGAAGCAUCACCUGCCAAACUUCUGUGGUCAAACCCUUGCAGGGUGACCAGGGGCAAAAAGAGCACAGGGGCCAAGACCCCAAAAUUAGGGGAACUGGCUGCAAACUCCUCCAUCCCGUCUACAGGUUGCCUUAUCUUUUAAUGUCUCCCCACGAACACUCCUGUCUCUGGAAAUGUCAGAUGAUUGUAAAGCACUUGAUGCAGCUGCCAUCUGGGAAUGGAGCCACAGCCUGACUUUUUUACUUUCCAAUUCUGCUAGAUAAAAUUGGUCCCAGUUGGUUUUUCAUUCAUGCUUGAGAUGCUUUUUUCCACUCAUUUUUGGAGCUGGAACUGUUUCUCUACUGUAUCCUGGCUUUCUUGGCAUGGGCAAAGACUAGUGUUGUAUGUAGGCUAAAGCAAAGUAUGAGGGAUAUACUUAAUGCAGUGUUUUAUGUGAUUCUUCAAAGGAUGUUCCUCUCCCCUCUAAGGCACACGAAGUUUACCAAUUAUUUUCAGGCCUUGCUCCUGUCUUCAAUAGUACUGUACACCACAGCAACUGAACUGAUGAAGCUAUUUCCUAGCAGAGAUGAAAAGAUUGUAACCCAGUUGCAGCAGGAAGCAUUUAUUAAGAUAGCAGUCCCACCACCACCACUGCUGCUACAGUGGUGGACACUUUAUUAGCUACAGUGACUGCUCUGAAAGUUCCAUUUGAGAAGGUAAGGGAUAGAACCGUGGUACUAGUGGUUCUUGGCAGGGUACUUGCCUGAGGACAUAUAGAAAACUGAUACCCUACAAGAACAUAAGAGCCAUGCUAAAUUAGACCAAGGUCCAGCAUUCAGCUCUCAUAUGCUGCAAGAUAGUAGAGGUAGCAAUAUAGCCAUCGGGACAUAUAGCCACUGUUAUCCUUCUCUUUCAGAAAUUUGUCUAAUCCCCUUUUAAAGCCGUUCAAGUUGGUGGCCAUCACUACAUCCUGUGGUACCAAGUUCUAGGCUGUGUUCAGACAACAGUGAGGUAAUAAUCACCUUGACAGUUGUUUAUCUAGGGGGUACUUCCCCCCCCCUCAAAUCCAGCUGGACGAGAGCGGCAGCCACCACUUUGACCACUUUUGCCUUGUGACUUUGUAGCUGAAGAAAUAUCCAACGGUGGUUCAAAUAGCCAACUCUGCACAGCAUUAUGUUAAAAACUCCCUCCACACAACAUAACCCAUGAUGGGUUAAAUAACCAACUGUCAGCUUUUUAACUUGCCAUUGGUUAUUGUGUUGUCUGAACCCAGUCCGAGUUUGACUAUGUGUUGUGUGAAGAAAUGCUUCCUAUUAUCUACUCUGAAUCUCCCAUCAUUGAGUUUCAUGGGAUGACCUUCGAUUCUACUAGUAUACGAGAGGGAGAAAAAAUGCCUCCCUAUCCAUCCCCCACACACCAUGCAUAAUUUUGUACACCUCUAUCACGUCUCCCUUCACUCGCCUUUAUUCCAGGAUGUUGUAACAGUUCCUCAUAGGGGAGGGGCUCUAGCCCCUUGAUCAUUUUGGUUGCACUUUCAGUGCCUUGUCCAACUCUACGGUAUCCUUGUUGAGGUGUGGUGAUCAGAAUUGUAUGCAGUAUUCCAAGUGUAGUCACACCAGAUUUAUAUAAAGGGAGUAUGAUAUUGGUA